AUGGAAGAUUCUUACAACGUUGUACACUCAAGGUAUAUGCUCGAAGUUAAUAUUGACGAUGUGAUCAUAGAAGAGAAUGCUCUUUAUGUCAACCGAAGUCACAAUGAGUGCGAUAAUUUGAUGGGAAAAGUAUUCAAGAACAAAGAAGAGGCGUAUAAUUUUUAUAACGAGUAUGCUAUUAGAACGGGUUUCGGUAGUCAAGGAAACGUAAAAACAAGAGAGAUUGUUCAAGAUGGACUAAAGAAGAUUGAUAAAGAUAUUGAGAAUGAAUUGGCCAAAUUGAGCAUUUCUUUAGAUGGUCAAGAAAUGGAAAAUGAAGCGGAUGAUGGGCAAAAUGUAGAAGAGACACUUGAUGUUAAUCCUAUCUUGAACCCCCUCGUGCAAAGACCAAAGGCGUCUCUAAUGCAAGAUUCAAAGGAUACUUAG